UCAGCUGUCCAAUAUCAGUUGUUAUAGGUGGCAGCACAGCAUCACGUGAAUUUUCAUGGCGGUGUUGUAGGGCUAGUCCCGUAUAGUCUUGUGAUUUCACCAAAAAUCUGCUGUUUCGAUUAUUUAGUGUUAAACAGCAAUUUUUUUUGAAUACCGGUGGUGAAGAUGAGUGAAUACUGGCUGAUCAGUGCCCCCGGCGAUAAGACAUGCCAACAGACGUGGGACACCCUUAACAAUGCCACCAAAUCUGGCAACCUCAGUGUCAACUAUAAAUUUCCAAUUCCUGACCUGAAGGUGGGAACACUGGAUCAGUUGGUGGGGCUGUCAGAUGACUUAGGAAAGCUGGACACCUUCGUGGAGAGUGUGACAAGGAAGGUGGCCCAGUAUCUUGGAGAGGUUCUUGAAGAUCAACGGGACAAGCUUCAUGAAAAUUUGAUGGCCAACAAUAGCGAUCUACCCACGUACCUGACCCGCUUCCAAUGGGACAUGGCCAAGUAUCCCAUUAAGCAGAGUCUGCGCAACAUCGCUGAUAUAAUCAGUAAACAGGUGGGUCAGAUCGACGCGGACCUGAAGGUGAAGUCGUCCGCCUACAAUAACCUAAAAGGCAAUUUGCAGAAUUUAGAGAAGAAACAAACUGGCAGCUUGCUGACCCGCAAUCUGGCGGACUUGGUGAAGAAGGAGCACUUCAUCCUCGACAGCGAGUACCUCACCACGCUGCUCGUCAUCGUACCCAAGUCGAUGUUUAACGACUGGAAUGCUAACUACGAGAAGAUAACAAACAUGAUAGUGCCGCGCUCCACUCAGCUCAUUCAUCAGGACAAUGAUUACGGACUCUUUACUGUUACCCUUUUCAAAAAGGUUGUAGAAGAGUUCAAGUUGCACGCUCGCGAGCGCAAGUUCGUUGUUCGCGAGUUCUCCUACAAUGAGGCAGAUCUCGCCGCGGGCAAGAAUGAGAUCACCAAACUUGUCACCGACAAGAAGAAGCAAUUUGGUCCGCUGGUGAGAUGGCUGAAGGUGAACUUCUCUGAGUGCUUCUGUGCCUGGAUACAUGUCAAGGCAUUGCGUGUCUUCGUUGAAUCUGUACUGAGAUACGGACUACCUGUGAACUUCCAAGCGGCGGUGUUGGUGCCGGCGCGCAAGAGCAUGAAGAAGCUGCGAGAUGUGCUGCAGCAGCUGUACGCUCAUCUCGACCAUUCCGCGCAGCAGGGACACGCCCAGGCCUCGGAGAAUGUGGAGAUAGCUGGUCUCGGGUUCGGUCAGUCUGAGUACUUCCCCUACGUCUUCUACAAGAUCAACAUUGACAUGAUUGAGAAGGCUGUCUAACUGCUGCUGUUUCUACCUACAUCGCUAUUUAUAUAUAGGUAAAAUGUAAUGUUACCAGUUGUGGAUGGCCGCGCUAAGCAAUAGUCGCACUGUUACAUUGUACAAUUUAUUUUAUUCCCAGUCGUAGUUCUAAUUCUAGCAACACCGGCGUCGUAAAGCGAACAUUAAAUCAAUUAUUUUUUUCCUAUAUAUUUUUUCUAUGUACAGUAUUUUUUUUUGAAUCGACAAUUUAUUUUAGCCCUCUUUUAAUUAUCUUUUUUAAUUUGUUUUUGCGUAUUUUUUCUUCGAUGCAGGUUGUCGAUGACAUUUGAAUAUAUAAUGUUGCCAUUAUAGAAAAAAAAUACUAAUUAUUUCCGUGGAAUAGUGCUUAGGCUUUUGACUACAGGUUUAAAUAAAUAGCAACAGAUAUUUAUACAGUAUUAUUGAGUUGCGUUUAUUAAUAUUUGAAAAAAAAAAAGAUAAAAUAGAUAUUAGCGUUUCGAAAGCCUGUAUAUGAAAUGUUCAAUGAAAUUGAUUAUUAUUGGAGUUUAUUGAAUGCAAAGCUAUGUACAUAAGAACAUUCCUCAUAACUCGUGUAGUACAUAAUAAAAUAUUAUUCAAGUUACUGU